CGAAGCCGUUCCCGUCGCCGUCCAGGAUCCAGGCGUCCACUCCCACGUCCCUCUCUCUCUCCCCCGGCCCCCGGCCGCAAUCGGCGGGGACCACGCUUCCCCUACGGCCCUACCUACCCGGGCCGCGCGCACGAGAAACCCAGGCGCUACGCCGCUACCUCACCGAUGUAGCCGUGUAGACCUCGAUCGAUCGAUGACUUAUUGCAGCCGGUCCGUCCCGAAAGCUAUAGGUCGAGCGCAGCCCCGGCUGCUGACCUGCUGUACUGUGCCGCGCUGCGAGAUCACCGUCCUGCUCCAGUUCCACCAUGGCGGCGGCUGUUACUGUUGCCGUGCGCGUGAUGGUGCCCGUCCUGCUGCUCGCUCCAGCGCCGGCCGCAGCCGCCGUCGAGUUCACGUUCACCGGCUUCGCGCGCGAGAACGUGACGACCAGCGGCGCGGCCGCCACCUCCUCCGGCGGCCUCCUGCAGCUCACCAACGCGACCAACUGGGUGUUGGGCCACGGCUUCUACCCGGCACCGCUGCGCUUCAAGGACGCCGCCUCGGGCGCGCCGCUCUCCUUCUCCACCACCUUCGUCGCCGCCAUCCUGCCGCGGUACCUGGACGCGCACGGCCACGGGCUCGCCUUCGCGCUCGCGCCGUCCGCGGCCGGCCCGGGGCUGGCCGUCGCGGGGAAGUACCUCGGCCUGUUCAACACGUCGGACAACGCGGGCAACGGGACCACGAGCGAGGUCGUCGCCGUCGAGCUCGACACGGCGCUGGACGUGGAGUUCGACGACAUCAACAACAACCACGUCGGCGUCGACGUCCACACCCUCAGGUCUGUUGCGUCCAAGCCCGCGGGGUACGUCGACGCUGCCACCGGCGGGUCCGUCGACGUCGCCCUGGCCAGCGGGAGGCUCCUGCAGGUGUGGAUCGAGUACGACGGCGCGACCACGCGGCUCGAAGUGACCGUGUCGCCGGCCGGUGUCGGCGUGCCCAGGCCGCGCGUCCCGCUCGUGUCUUGCGAGGUCGACCUCUCGUCGGCGGUGGCCGACCAGACGUACGUCGGGUUCUCGGCCGCGAACGGCGCCGCCUCGAGCUCGCACUACGUCCUAGGCUGGAGCUUCCGACUCGGCGGCGGCCGCGCGCCGGACCUCGACCUGUCCAAGCUGCCGCGGCCCCCGCCGCCGUCUGGGGGGCACAAGAAGGCGACGGAGCUGCCGCUGCUCCUAACGCUCAUCAUCCUCGUCGUCGUGGUGCUCCUCGUGGUGUCAGCUGCCGUCACAGUACUCGUGGUCUGGCGCCGUCGGAGGUUCACCGAGGAGCAGGAGGACUGGGAGGUCGAGUACGGCCCUCACCGGGUCAGCUACAAGGACCUGUACGCCGCGACCAGGGGUUUCCGCGACGUCAUCGGUGUCGGCGGCUUCGGCGUAGUGUACCGCGGCGUGCACCCGCGGCCGGGCGGCGUCGAGGUGGCCGUCAAGAAGGUGUCCCACGACUCGCGGCAGGGCCUGCGGGAGUUCGUCUCGGAGAUCGCCAGCAUGAGCCGGCUGCGCCACCGCAACCUGGUCCAGCUCCUAGGCUACUGCCGGCGGCGGGGCGAGCUGUUGCUCGUCUAUGACUACAUGGUCAACGGCAGCCUCGACAGGCACCUGUUCGGCGCCGGCAACGAGCCGACUCUGAGCUGGGAGCAGCGCGCCAAGAUCGUCCGGGACGUCGCCGCCGGGCUGCUGUACCUGCAUGAGGGGUGGGAGCAGGUGGUGGUGCACCGCGACAUCAAGGCCAGCAACGUCCUCCUCGACGCCGACAUGAACGGCAGGCUCAGCGACUUCGGUCUCGCGCGGCUCUACGACCACGGCAGCGAGUCGCGGACGACGCGCGUCAUCGGGACGCUGGGGUACCUCGCGCCGGAGAUGAUCAAGACGGGCAAGGCCACGCCCAGCGCCGACGUGUUCGCCUUCGGCGCCUUCCUGCUCGAGGUGGCCUGCGGCCGGAGGCCCAUGGAGUCACUCGGCAACAAUGGCGACCCCGCGGGGCUUGUCGACAGCGUCCUUGAGCGCUGGAAGACCGGGAGGAUCAAAGACGCCAGGGACCCUAGGAUCGGCAUGUGCGACGAGGACGAUCUCGAGCUGGUCCUCAAGCUCGGUUUGCUGUGCUCGCACCCGGACCCUCGCUGCCGCCCAAGCAUGAGGCAGGUGGUGCAGAUACUGGAAGGCGCUGCGUCGUUGCCGUCGACGCCGCCGGAAGAUCUAGGCGGCGCUGGCGGCAGGAUAUUUGGACACUACGAGACGUUCGAUGAAUUCGUCAACGUGUUCCCGACGACGUUCGAUAUCACCACCGUCACGACGCCGUCACCUUGUUCGCCUUCCAGCGCCGACCGCCAGCAGCUAAUCUCCGCCUGAGCUCUGCCGUCACAUCGUCAGCUCCCUGCCCAGCCCAGAGCAGAAGCGAAGAGACGAAAGAGAACAACAUCACCGUGGGACGAGCGUGCAACACAUUUUUUUUGGGGGGGAUAUCCUUAAAUCUGGAGGAACAUUCCAGUAAAAGUAGAACUGUAAAAGCCUUUCUUUUUUACCAAGAUGGACGGAAGAGCCAGAAGAUAUGUCUAAAUAUCUGAAGGACCAAAAUAGACAGUAAGAAUAAAGUACUCUGCUCGUCGUCUAAUCGUCUUCCUGGAUAGAUAAAGAGCUCCUUUUAAAUUCAGAGCUUUCAAAACAGGUCUUUUUAACAUUGUUUGCAGAUAAAUGGAAGAAAGGCCC